AUGGUAGAAGGCACUAAAGAUAUUGUUGAUUCUCCCUCCAGUUCUCAUCACAAUCAUCAGCCUCCACUACCUCCUCCACCUCCGCCUACUUGUAACAAUCCUCCAGCUCUAUUUAAACCACAUCCUCCUUCAAAUCCCCCACCUUCAAUUCCCUCUUAUCCUAUCAACACUCAUCCUAGGUCUCCUCCAGGGUCUCCUCCACAUGCUGAUGAUGUCAAAAAGAGGGAGAAUGAUAAAGCAAUAGUAGUACACACAGAAAAAUUUGAAGAUGUUGAUGAUCAGCCUGACACUGAUGAUGAUGAAGACUUUCUGGAUAUGGAUUUCAUGUCACAAGCUAUGCCUCUAAAUAUUAUUUAUCUAUAA